AUGGCACCUUCUUCAACUGUCGAUGACACAUCUUCAGGAACAUCUACAGGAACAACUCUUGUUGCCAUUGAUACAACUCAUCCCUAUUUUCUUCAUGCCUCUGAUGCUCCAGGAAUGAUUCUAGUCAACACCCCCUUUGAUGGACGUGGUUAUCCUGGAUGGAGGAGAUCUAUUUUGAUCUUUCUUUCAGCCAAAAACAAGCUGGGGUUCAUCGAUGGGUCUUGUCCAACCCCAGCUCUCACUGCUACUGAUUUCAAAACCUGGAGCAGAUAUAACGACAUGGUUACAUCCUGGUUGUUGAACUCUCUCUCCAAGGUAAUAGCUGAUAGUGUUCUCUACUCAAAGACUGCAAAAGACCUUUGGACAGAUCUGGAGCAUAGGUUUGGUCAGCCUAAUGGUGCUAAGAUGUAUCACCUGCAAAAAGAACUUGCAGAUUUAGUUCAAUAUUCAUUUGACAUAGCUGGUUACUUCACAAAAAUGAAAGGUUUAUGGGAUGAGCUGGACACUCUCAACAACAAUAUGAUUUGCUCUUGCGACUGCAAUUGUGGUGGAAAACAAAAAAUGUUGCAAUGA